UGCAGAACAGAGAGCUGACACCCUCGCUCGUCACUCUACCGAAUACUCGCAUCGGAUAUAUAUGUUCUUUAAACAUACUCCAAUACCAACUGAUAUCUUUGCAGAAACGUUUUAGAUUGAAAACAAAUAAUGGCGACGAAGGAAGUGAAUGUAGUGUUUAAUUUUUACGAGAAGAUUACGCCGCCGCCGAAUAUGGAAUCUUUCCUAAAAGGCUGGAGUCAUCUUGGCCAUUUCGUGAAAACGCUUGACCAUUUCGUCAGUGCUCAACUGCACACUAAUUUGAAUCCUGAAGGACGUUUUCCGUACGUUAAUUAUUCGUUCUUUGAGGGCACACAGGAGCGAAUCACCAAAGACUUUUGCGAACCAUCUCCCGAGUUGAUAAAGGCUCUGGUUGAAGGUCAUGGUCCUCCAGGUCUGCAAGUCAAUUAUCCAGGUGGAUAUACGGAGGUAGCUACAAUGGAAGGGUCGCCCAUUGCCCCUGCCUUACCAAAAAGCACUGACUCCGUAUUUUUAUUGUCAAGCUUUAAGGGACCAAAAACUGAUGAAGAAUCGGCAAAGUUUGAAUCAGAGUGGAUGGACGUAACUGGAGUAACAAAGCUAAAGGCAGAUGAAUCCCUUGGCCUACAGAAUGCUGCCCUCUACAGACGCUUUACGCAGGCGCCUUAUGACGUUCUCAUGUAUGUUGUUAGAUGUGAGUUUGUGGGAAUCGGAUCUUCCAGGGGAUUGGAAAUUGCCAAUGAUCUUAAAGACGGUAUCGUUGGCGAUGGUGUGGAGAGAACGAAUAGUUCCUUGUACAAGAUUGAACCGAGCAAUAUUCUUAGCAAGUAAACAAGUCACAACAAACAAACCAAUCCAGUAAAAGGAUUAGAAUGCGCGGGCUAUGUUGGCAGAGCUAUGAUUGGAUAAUGAUCAGACGUUAAUGAUCAUGCGAUUAUAAUUAUACCCAAAGAAUUAUUCUUGCCUAGAUUUAUAAAGACACGUUUUAUCAAAUAUUCAAAAAAAUAUUGCAUUUUUAGUGUUAUGUUGUUCCUUUUUUCAGUAAGUUAGAGCGAGAGUCCGCUUUCUACCAAAGAAAAUUUCAUCUACUACUAUCCGCUACAACAUUCAUUAGAAAAAUAUACUACGUAUUAGGUAUGCACCAAUUUUCUAUAGCGACAGAGAUACAUUUUUUAAACAAAACAAACUACUUAAGAAAUCCUAUUUCAGGAAUUUAUUGUGGUAUUUAGCCCUAUUAAUAUAUCAAAACUAUGCAUCGUUUGUAUUUGCUUUAAAUAUACUUUUCCUAAAGUCAACAGAAUUGUACCGAUUAAAAGCGUACAGGUCUAAUGAUAUUAUGUAAAAUAUAAUGGAAUAUUAUAGGAUUAGAGUCUAUAAUGAAUUUUAAUUGUUCUUUUUAAAUAUAUAUUUUGAUACCCCAACAAUUUAUGCCGAUUAUCUUUCAUUCAAAUCCAGUUUGUAUUUUCGUUUUAAUAAAAAUUAAGGUGUUGAUAUAGGCAUAUACGGUAACUUUUUAUUUUGUUAAUGUGUUCCGCCUUGUGACUUCACAUUUUCCACAAUUUGUUUUAAUUUUUUCUGGUAGGGGGCAAUGGUCUAGUAACGGGUAUAUAGGCUACCAUGGCCGUAGACCAAGAGCCAUUUAUAUCAAACUGCCGAUUUCAGUGAUUUCCAUAACAAUUGGUAAGCGAUUUACUGAUAAACCCACCAAUAACUAGCAACAAUGAUGCGGAACAUAGACUUACAAUUCAAGUGUAUUUAGGCCUAUUAAUAUAUCAAAACUAUGCAUCAUUUGUAUUUAACUUCAAAUAUACUUUUCAUAAAGUCAACGGGAAUGUACCGAUUAAAAGCGUACAGGUCUAAUGUCAUUAUGUAAAGUAUACUGGAAUAUUAUAGGAUUACAGUCUAUAAUGAAUUUUAAUUGUUCUUUUUAAAUAUAUAUUUUGAUACCCCAACAAUUUAUGCCGAUUAUCUUUCAUUCAAAUCCAGUUUGUAUUUUCGUUUUAAUAAAAAUUGUGUUGAUAUAGGUA